AUGUUUAAGAGCACCAACUCAGCGAACCGCACCGCUCAGGAGGCUGCGGACAUCAAUGCCAGCAACCCCGAAAGCUCCUAUACGCCAGAUACGGCGCUGGAAUCGCCGACGCCCACAGACAAGAGAGCAGAGAAACACAUGUUCAAUGAACAGACAAAUUAUGUUUCCAAAGUUAAGGUCAUCACGAUUUUUCUAGCAUGCGCCAGCGUGGAUCUCGUAGCACUCAUGGACCAGACCACCUUGGCAGCUAGCUUGUCUAUUGUUGGCAAUUACCUCCAUGCAGGACAACAGCUAUCCUGGCUCGCUAAUGGCUAUUUCAUCACAUCCACAGUCGGGCAACUCUUAUACGGCCGUCUCUCGGACAUAUGGUCGCGUAAGGUCAUUCUAAUGGUCGGGCUGGCCAUCUUUGGCCUUGGGUCUCUUGCAUCCUCCCUGGCCCAGACAGCUACACAGCUGAUUGUUUUCCGCUGUUUUACGGGUCUUGGCGGUGGCGGACUCAUGACAGUUGCACAAAUGAUCGUUAGCGAUGUAGUGCCUCUUCGUGAGAGGGGGAAAUAUCAGGGUAUUUUGGCAAGUUUCUCCAGCCGGCCACUUUUACAUCUCCACCCUAGACUCUAUUCCCUGCCAGAGUCCCCUGUUCUGCUAACAUCUUGGCUUCUCAAGGGCGCCGUCACUGCAUUGGCCAACGGAAUAGGCCCGGUCAUCGGCGGCACUCUAUCCUCCAAGGGGGGCGACUCAUGGCGCUGGAUCUUCCGUCUGAAUCUGCCCCUAACGGCGCUAUCUGCGGGAUGCGCACUAUUCUUCAUGCCCCUCAGAAAGGUCGACGGGGACUGGAAAGUAAAGACACGAGCCAUUGACUUCGUAGGCAUCUUUCUUGCAUUGGCUGGCACUACGAGCUUGAUGCUUGGUCUAACCUGGGGCGGUGGCGAGUACCCCUGGGCCUCUGCAGCCGUCCUCACUACCCUAAUCGUUGGCGCCUUCAUCUGCGUCAUCUUUGUUUUGUGGCAGUGGAAGGGACCAAAAUACCCGCUCGUGCCUCUGGACAUCUUCCGCGCCCGAAUGACCAUUGGUGCAUGCAUUACAAUGGCUAUAAACGGCUGGAACUUUGUCGUUCAGGUCUACUACAUUCCCACUUUCUAUCAGCUCGUCUACAACUAUGGGGCCACUAGGUCUGGUGUUAUGCUUCUUCCCAUCACCCUGGUUCAGACCGCGAGUAGUACUCUCUCUGGACUCAUCGUCCACUGGGUGGGACGUUACCGCGAGUGCAUCUUGUUCGGCUGGCUCUGCUGGUCGGUCGGUCUGGGUCUCAUGUCCACUCUCAACGAAACUUCCGGCUUAGGAAAGCAGAUCGGCUAUUCCCUGCUCAUUGGCGUGGGUGUGGGCAAUACUCUUCAGCCUGCCCUGGUAGCCAUCCAGGCGGGCGUCCUAAGAAAGGACAUGGCCGUUGUCACAUCCUUCCGCAACUUUGUUAGGAACUUGGGGGCUACAUUCGGACUCGCCAUUUGCGGCACAAUUUUAAAUAACAUUGUCAAGAACUCUGUCAAUGGCCUGGAUCUAAGUGCAGAACGACUAGACUCCCUUCUCAGCAACCCACAGCAAUACUUGUCGUCGCUUUCCGACGAAGAAGCGCAACGUAUUCGCGACGUUCUCGCUCCUGCGUAUCAACGAUCGUUCAAGGUCAUUUUUGAGCUUGGUUCUGGCUUGGCAGCAGCAGGUUUCUUCGUCGCAUGGUUCUUGAUGCCACACAUUGAUUUGGCCCGCCCUGACGACCACAAAUUAAAAGAGCAGGGCCAUCAAGCGCAACUCAAAGGGAAUGCAGAAAAGUCCCCAUGA